AUGCGUCUGCUCCACUGGCGCAACGUCGCGAUGGCCUUGCGCGCUGAGUCGAACCGCGGGGUGUCCCACCAACAACAUCUCCACGCCUCGCUGCAGCGACAAGAGCUCGUCGCUCAGGCUCUCUGGUCAUACUGUCUCUCGAUGCAACUGGCGCGUUGGCCGUUGCCGACAACGACCUCCUGGCGCCACGCCAGCGUGCUCGGAACGACUCCAUCGGCACGCCGACGAGGCUUUGAGUGGCUUCUGCAGCACAUGCGAUGCAACUUGGACCGUGCCUUUGAUGACGUCUUUGCACCGGGUGACGCGGGGCCGGGCCUGCGCCUGCACAUGGCGCCCGUGGGUGCUCUUGGUGCACACCUUGUAGUUCAGAAACACCGCGUCGACCCGUACCUACUGGAGACCGUCUUUCGGUCCUUUGACAAUCAACACUUGGAGCAAACGAGGCUCGAAGACGUGGUCCCAAACCUGCGCAAUGUCCGUUUUCAGUAUGGCAGCACGCCACAAAACAUUGCGAUCCAGUAUACUCGCGAGCACGGACGCAUCUUGGCGCUCUCGCGCGGCAUCGAGCACGACGAUCUCGUGCCCACAGCGCUGAUUCAAGAGGUCGACGAGUCGACGAGCUGGUACGCGGGCGACGGCGAUUUUCUGCCGCUGGAGACGACGUCGCCAUGGUACUUACAAGCAGUGCGGUCGCUUCCAGCGUCGGCGUCCCGACACGAUCUCUAUGAGCGCUAUCGGCUCCUCUACCACACGUACCUCAAUGGGGCGUAUCCGAAUAGCGAGGUGGCUGGCUGUCGGGAGUGGUGCCGCAACCAUUAG